UCUCCUGUCCUGCUUACACAUACAAACACACUCAACACGUGCCUGUCUGUCUGCCUGGCUGCUUGUGGACGCAAAACAAAAAGUAGGCGAGGAUCUACUAUCCAAACACUGCUGCUGAAGGUCUCUGGAUCUGAAAGUAAAUUCCAAAGAAAUCACAUCCAGCUGCUUAAAACACCAACAACACGUCCUGCCAAAUCCAUAAUCUGUACUGCUGCCCAGUCGCAUCAUGGAUGCAGCAGAGUUCCGACGCAGAGGCAAGGAGAUGGUUGACUACAUGGCAGACUACUUGGAAAACAUAGAACAGCGACCAGUGUACCCGGAUCUGGAACCAGGAUAUCUCCGUUCUUUAAUCCCCACUGAGGCCCCACUUGAGCCUGAGAGUUAUGAGGAAAUAAUGCACGAUGUGGAGAGGGUCAUAAUGCCAGGGAUCACCCACUGGCACAGCCCAAACUUCUUUGCUUACUUUCCAGCAGCUUCCUCCUACCCCGCUAUGGUGGCUGAUAUGCUGUGUGGGGCCAUCGGCUGCAUUGGAUUUUCCUGGGCUGCCAGUCCAGCCUGCACCGAGCUGGAGACAGUGAUGUUAGACUGGCUUGGGAAGAUGCUGCAUCUGCCUGAGAGUUUUAUAGCCGGGACACAUGGCCAUGGAGGGGGUGUUAUUCAGGGCACGGCCAGUGAAGCGACCCUGAUGUCCUUGCUCGCUGCCCGGUGUAAAACGAUCCGACGGGUCUUGGUGACAGACUCUAAAAAGUCUGAAUCUGAAAUCCUCUCUAAACUGGUGGCAUAUACCUCUGACCAGGCUCAUUCCUCUGUGGAGCGGGCCGCCCUGAUUGGAGCAGUAAUGAUGAGGAAGGUUCCUACUGACGAACACUACGCUGUUAGAGAGGAAAUGCUGAGGAAGAUGGUGGAGGAAGACAAAGCAGCUGGUCUCAUCCCUUUCUAUUUUUGCGCGACUCUUGGGACCACACCAUCAUGUGCAUUUGAUCAUAUCAUGGAGCUGGGACCGCUUUGUAAUAAGGAAAACAUGUGGAUGCACAUUGACGCAGCUUAUGCUGGGAGUGCCUUUAUUUGUCCUGAAUUUAGGCCUUUACUGAAUGGCAUUGAGUAUGCAGACUCUUUCAACUUCAAUCCACACAAAUGGCUUUUAGUCAACUUUGACUGUUCUGCAAUGUGGGUGAAGAAGAGGGCAGACAUCAUUGGAGCUUUUAAAAUGGAGCCUCUCUACCUGAAGCAUGAAAACCAAGAGUCAGGUCUGGUCACAGAUUACAGACACUGGCAGAUUCCACUCGGAAGAAGAUUUCGCUCUCUGAAGUUGUGGUUUGUGUUUCGAAUGUACGGGCUGAAAGGCCUGCAAGCUCACAUACGAAAGCAACAUUUCCUCCCAUCUCUGACCGCAUUGCUGCUCGUUUUUUCCUUCAAAUCCUUCACGGCUGAAUGCCUGGCUCUCUGCGUUCCUUUUCCUCCUCCACCUCCUCCCUCAGGUCUGCUCCGUCAAUCAAAUGAGCCUGUUUCAUGUUUAUUCUACAUUUUAGAUAAAGUGGCAGCUUCUGAGAAGAUUUACUGCAGCUAAAUAAGGCACAAGAUUGUGGCCACUUUAUUUUGAGUAGCUUCUCUUUUUGUCCACAAAAUUUCUCUCUUGUUGAGAAAUGAUGACAUAAGCUGAGAACAACUGGAGGUAACCUGAGAAGCCGGUUACCAGGAUGUAAGCAAUAGAUCUCUGUUUACUGAUGGAUGAUGGACUGAGGGAGAGUUAUAAGGUGCAAAAACUACAUGUGUAGAAUUCAAGCUUCAAACACUAACUAGUCACUCUCAUGUUUUAAAAUAAAUAUUUAAUGAACAUACAAUAAGUUAAGACAGGAAAUAAGGUUACUACGGUUAAUUAUCUACUAAACCGUUUGUAAACAAAUAAAUAAAAUGAUAAAUUGUCGUUGCUCGUGUUCAGUGUGUAUUUUCACACAACAAGAAAAGGCAGGAAAAGUGAAGGAGUGUCCUGACUUUAUUAUCAUGACUAGACUGAUGCUCACUUUCACCAGCAUCUCAAGGGCCUCUCUGAUCUUAAGUGGAUAAAUUAUGCAGCAGCAUGGCUGAUCACUCGCAACCCGUCUGGAAAUCCUAUUUGCUGAAAGCAAAAUCUGAUAAAAGCUAUUACAUGGCUUGGAUGUUAUGCCUCCAAGAACUCACCUCUUGUUGAUGUAAAUCAUUACAGCACUAGCUUGUUUCAUCAGAUGUCAAACUAUUGAUGAUUACAUGCAGUUCUUACAAUACUGCCAGAUGAGUUGUUUAAAAGAUUGCUUUUUGUUACACGACACAACACUGCCAUCUAGUGAGGAAAAUGAAGCAACUUGCACCUUUUAGUUCAGUUUUCUCAUGUUUUUUGAGACACAAUAAUAUAUUAACUUAACAACUAAAGGGACAUAAUAUCCAAACAGUGCAUCAGAAUGUGGAAUUUUAUGAACUUAUUUUUCAAAUGUUUAGUUCGUUAUGCUGCUUCCCCACAGCAAUAGACAGAACAACCCCAACAAAAAUAAGCAAUCAAGCAAACAGCAAGUUCAUCAAAAAGUUAACAUUUUAUUUCAGAAAUGUUACUUCUUCAGUUUCAUUAGUUGGUUUUCUUACUGAAUCUCAUGUUCAAUUAGAAAACACAUAUUUGACGAAUAAUAUGAGAUUGUCUUCUCAGACAAAUGUCUUUCUUGACCCAGUAAUAUUUUUGCAUAGUUAUAUCUCAGACCCUUUAAUUAUUAAAAGCUCCAUCUUGAUGUUUUGAGAAAAAAAAUCAUCAAAUGAAGUUGCAUAUUUGUUUACUUGCACUGUGCAUUCCUGAGUACAUUUUAUGUUGAACUUUAGGGCAUGUUGGUGUCUUCUGU